GCGGCGGCGGCGGUGGCGGCGGAACCGAUUCGUCCGUGGUCGUUGCCGGUCGGGAGUCGGCGCGUAUUCAGUAUACGUGCGGGACCGGUUGCUGAGCGGGUCGUCUUCGCGCUCGCGAGUUUGGUGCGUUUUGCGUGUGCGUUUCGACGAAAAUUCGUUUUUAUUUUCUUUUGCGGUGUAGUGUUUUUUUUUUCGACGUUGGUUAUAAUAAUAUUAUUAUUAUUCAUCCGCACGAAUACCGCGAGUAAGUGCUGCAGUUUCUGCCUUUUUAUAGCGAUAAUAUUAUGCGAUUGGUAGUUAUAACCGCGGGCCAAGCUGACAUUUGAGUGCGUAAGGUGUCCCGCGGAGAUAUCGUCCGAUACGAAUUUAUUGCAGAGACUACGCACGGUCUCGCGAAGUGCGAACCGCUGAAACAGUGCAAUGGGUCCUACGGUAGCGGCCACUACGACCGCGUUGGCGGAAUCGUCGGACGGCGACCACAGCACCAAAAAAAAGGGCAUACGGCGGCUGUUGACGCCCGCCAUAUUCGCGAGCGGUGACCACAAGAACAAGCAGGCGGCGGCGGCGUCGUCGGCGACGUCAGCGGUUGUGGACGUCGGUAGCGCGGCCGCGGUUCACAACCACCAACACCGCCAAACCAGCAACAACCGACCGCCCGGCACCAACAACAGCAAGACCAUCAUCGAGACGGCAUUUGUCAACAACAACGGCAACGGUAACUCUACCGGAAACGUGGCGUACCGGUUGCAGCAACAGCAACAGCAACUGCAGCGGUUUCGGUACGCGCAAGGGGUCGACCGGCACACCGUCGAUGUGACCGACUUCCGGUCCCGGAGCGUCAGUCCCGGAUCGUUCGACAGGGACGUUAACGCCAAUUACGGCAGCGUCGAACGUCGGACGGACAGCCCUUGUUCUCUGUUGUCAUCGUCGUCGACGUCGUCGCUGGUGCCCUCGCCAUCGGGCAGGCGGUCCGCUCCCAUAAUACCGUACUCUCAGUAUUACAACAACAGGAACGGAGGCGGAGGUGGCGGCGGUCAGCAGCAGCAACGGAUGUUGCUCAUGCCGGUCAGCGCGCAGGUCAAGAUCACAGCGCCGCCUUCGUCGAACACCGCGGUGUACGCGGCCGCCGUUCGCCAACAUCGACUGCAACAGCAACAGCAGCAGCAGCAGCAGCAGCAACAGGCCAUCUACGGCAACCUGGUGGCCGGCGCCGCGGGCCCGUUCGUCCGGGGGUCCCCGCAACGGGCCACCAUCGGGUGCGUCCGGGAUUCGCCGGCCCGGCAGUCGACCAUUUACGAGACUGAAGAGGACGUCGUCGCUGCCGCCGCGGUGGGCGAGAAGAGGUUUCAGCCGAUUUUCAAGAGAGGCGCCCUGCAAGAGCCCGCCGCCGACCCGUCAGCUGUGGCCGUCGGACAGACGUCGCCGCCGCCACCGUCGUCCGGCUGCAGUCCGAAGAGGGUGAGUUUUUCACCGGGGCCGUCCGAACCGCCCGCUUACUGGCCCACCAAGAAGGGCCCGUCCCCGCAACCGCCCACCCGCCAACGGUUGACCGACUCGCCGGUGGCCGCGGAACGGCCGCUGCCGCUCGUGCCCAAACGGAGCCCGUCCACGUCGGCCAUUUACGGCACGCUGCAGCAGCGCGGCGGCCAACAGCGACCGCACCAGCAGCAGCAGCCGCCGACGACGCCGAUCCGGUGGUGGCCACCGCCGUCGCCGUCCCCGCUGCACCAGCACUACCAACAGUCCGGCAGCGAGUCCGGUAGCGAGGCCGGCGAGGUGCAACGAAUACUCAAUGCCAAGAACGGUCAUCGGCUGGUCAUCGACGAUGAUUGGAGUGGAGACGGAAAAACCAGAGGGGCCGCUGAACAAGCCGGUGACGAACUCCGCCGCGGCCGUUCUUCGAGGAGAGACGAUCCCCGGCGGCACACGCUGUCCGGCGAUCAACAUCACAACUAUCAACCGGCCCUGACGAGGUCCAUGGAUUUGGAGAUGGGAACGAAAAUGCAACGGAAAAAAUCCCCUGCGUCCAGAGGAGGAUAUCCACCGGCUACUGGGAUGCUGUUCGAUGACGAUCCAGGCAUAAUGUCCGAAGUGGAAACCAGUUCUACCGGGUUCCGAAGAGGUAACAAGCAAAGGAGCUCAUUGCCGGUCGUCAGAACACCGUCGAAAACUUUAGAGCGACCAUUGGGUGACCCGAUGUUGAAUGACGAAAUGGCUUUCCAUAAUAUGAUGACUCACCCACGACAAAGUUUAGGUCUGGUAUUCUUGCAAUACCGUAGUGAAACGAAAAGAGCACUGUUACCGAAUGAAAUCACCUCUAUAGACACGGUCAAAGCGCUGUUCGUCCGGUCUUUUCCAAAACAACUCACCAUGGAAUACAUGGACUCGGCACUCGUCAAGAUCUACAUUCACGAUUCGUCGAAAGACAUGUUCUACGAGCUGGAAGAUCUCAGGUCACACCUCAACGACAUCCGUGACCGGUCGGUGCUGCGACUUUUCGAGUCGGCCGAGGGUGGCCCGCUACCCCAGGGCCUCACGAUAGCCGCACCCACGUGGGACCAAGAUCAAUCGUACUUUAGCGAGCCGGAAUUCGAUUCGGAAUACCAACAUCAACACAUACACAAGACCAAGGGCAGCAAAUGCACCAGCGGCGGCGCUCCAGGACAACCUUACUACAUGACCCAUCAGUUCCCGCCCGGGUCGUCGGCCACGCUGCCAAACAGGGGCCGUCCACCCACCGGGUCCAUACCGGCUCGGGCGUAUUCGCCGGCCGUGCCACCCGUGGUGGCCAACAAAUCGUCAGGGUACAUGUCAUCGCCGGAGAGGGCUAGUUCUAGGACCGGCGGGUACACGGCCGCCCCGUACAUGUCUCCGGGGGGUUCGUCGUUCGACGACAACUCGUAUUAUGGUUAUGGACCUAGGACCGGGUCCAUCACACCCGUGAUCGACGAAGAGACCAGCGACAACGAGCUCAUGGAAGACCCGUUUACCAUGUACGCUGCGAAACCGUCGUCGAUAUCCAAAAGACCGACGUACGGCAACCCGCCGACCGUCCCCUACGACGCCACAAGGAUACGAGUGGAAAACAUGGAGAGACAGAUCGCUAAUCUAACGGGUUUAGUUCAGAAAGCUUUGACGCACGCACCGGUCGUAGCAGCACCGUUCAGAAAUGCUAGUGAUGAGUUCGAUAAAGUCUCCGGCGGAAGCACCACGUCUCUAGCAGAGGAACCAUACAAGCGGUCUGACACUAAACCUCCCAAACUCGGACGAGACAAAUCGGUUUCGUUUGAGAAAUCUGUAUCGUUCAGCGACGAGCCACCGGACAUGAACUCGCCGAAACAACAUUCGCCACAGAGUUCAGCGGACACGAAACCUGCGAAACCGGCAAUUAAAUCGUCUACAUUACCUAGAACAGCGUCUCAAGAAAAAGACAGAUUUAAGCCUCAUCCUCCGCCCAAGCCAUCCGCCAUACCCGGGCAAUACGACGACAGACACUUGUACAGCGAUCUACAGCUGACGCCGGAAAUGUACAACCAACUGAGAGUUCUGCAGAAAAAGGCAAAAGACUUGCGGCAAGAAGCCCGAAACCUGAGGAGAAUGUCUCAGGCACAGGCCCACUCCAUUCGCGAAACCAUCAAAGACACGUUCAUAAAAAUAAGAACGUUGAUCGCUUCCGGCGCCGACCAGGCGUGGAGCGAAUCCGGAUCGAAAGAAAGGGCACACGUGGACCGGGAAGAGGACAUAUACAAACAGGAGAUUAUCAGGCUGGAAACGGACUUGACGGAGCUGGAGAGCACGGUGGAAGAACUACGGGGAAACGUCAUUAACAAGAAGUCCAGGGUAAACAUGUCGGACGUGGAAAACAUGGCGCUUGUGCUCAGCAAAUCCAGUAAAACGGUUGCCGAAUUGAAAUUGAGGUUCCCGAGUUUACAAGAGUCGAUUCGUACGGUAUUGACGAAGGAAAUGGACAGAGCGGUUACCGAGGAAAAGUUUCUCAAAGAAGAGCCCGAUCGUCUAGAAAGCGCCCUCAAACGGUGUAAAAAAUUAACCGGAACGCUUGUAACACUCAAGAGGCUCGCUUCCGUUCAGGAACAACGUCUGCCCGACGCCAGACUGUCGCCCACCAACGAAGACAACACUCCGCCGAUCACGCCUACAUCGUCCGCCAAGGGGAGUGUCGCUGGACAGGGGAGUGUCGUGGAGCAGACCGGAACAGGAACAGACGACGGCAGCGGUAGUGCUGGAAAGCGCGAGCCAACCGGUGCGGAGAACGCACUCGACACUCUGCUAGACGAACUGCAGACCAUCCCGGCGGCGGUGUCAGUGGCGACGGCGGAGUCAGUGGAGUCAGUGGCGGUGGAACCGACGACGGCGGCAGCAGCGGGGGCGGUAGAAGCGACGGCGGUCACCGUGCCGGUCAUCGGUCCGGCGGUCGCGGUCGCCCCGAAACCGGUAUUGCGACGUCUGAGCAGCACGUCUUCGGAGGCAGGGGGCAAGCCUCCCGUGCCCGAACGGACGCCCGACCUGCAGAACAAGCGUAUGCCCCCACCGCCGCCCCCGCGGACCAGUUCCAAGUCACCGGUGGCGUCGCCGACCACGGCGGGCAGCGCGGUGGGAGCCCCCACGUCGUCGCCCAGGGGCUCGAUGUCAUCGUCGUCGGCCGGUGGAAGCCCGCCAAGCCGGAAGGGGUCGCUGACCACCGUAGCGCUCAGCGGUUGCGGCAAGCCGCCCAUGCCCGAACCGCCGGCGGCCGCCGCGCAGCAACCGCCGCCGUCGCCGGCCGCGCCGACACCGUCGCGACGAUCACCAGAC